AUGCUGCAGAGAGCUGCGAGUAACGCUUAUUCAUGGUGGUGGGCGAGUCAUAUUCGUACCAAACAAUCUAAAUGGCUCGAACAAAACCUUCAAGAUAUUGAAGAGAAGGUGCAAUAUGUGUUGAAACUAUUACAAGAAGAUGGAGACUCAUUUGCCAAGCGUGCAGAGAUGUAUUACAAGAAGAGACCAGAACUCAUAACCUUUGUCGAAGAAUCUUUCAGAGCUUACAGAGCUUUAGCCGAGCGUUACGAUCACAUCUCCACAGAGCUUCAAAACGCCAACACGACCAUUGCCUCUGCUUUCCCCGACCAAGUCCCAAACUUUGCAAUGGACGAUGAUGAUGAUGAUGGAGGAGAUUCGAAGUUCUCCAAAAGACAGAACCAUUCUGAUGCUAAUAAUAAUGUCCCCGAUGUCCCAAAACUACCUGUUAAAGACUUGAAAACAGCGGUUAAAGUGGCUACAAAGAAGCUUCAGCCAAGGAAGUCUAUGAAGUACACAGGCGGUGCUUCUGCUAAUGUGGUUGUCAAGAGCUCUGGUUUGAGCAAAUCCGAGGCAGUGGGAGAGAUUGAUAAGCUUCAGAAAGAGAUUCUGUCCUUGCAGACGGAGAAGGAGUUUUUCAAAAGCUCUUACGAGAGAGGUUUGUCAAAGUACUGGGAGUUUGAGAAGAGCAUCAAGGAGAAGCAAGAGAGGAUCUGUGGUUUGCAAGAUGAGUUUGGUGAGAGUGUUGUGAUUGAAGACGAAGAAGCUCGGAGAUUGAUGACCGAGACCGCAAUAAAGUCGUGUCAGGAGAAGCUGGUGGAGCUGCAGGAGAGGCAAGAGAAGGCUUGUGAAGAAGCUAGAGAAGAGCAUGUGAAGAUUAAGGAGUCUAAAAAGAAGCUUAGAUCAAUGGCUAGUCAGUUUCUAGGGGAGGAAAGUGUCUUUGAUGGUGAUGAAGUUGAGCUGGAACAUGAGAUGAGAGAGAUGUCUAGGAAGAAGCAAGAGCUGGAGUCUGUGAAGGAGAAGAUUAGAGAACAUUUUGAGGACUCUUCACUCAAUGCUACAGAGAUGGCUGAGAGAGUUGAUGAGCUUGUGAACAAAGUGCUUAGCUUGGAGAGUGCUGUUUCUUCACAGACUGCUUUGAUAGAGAGGUUAAGAAACGAGACAAACGGUCUUCAGACACAGAUCAGUAGUCUUGAAACCGAUAAGGCGACGUUGGCAGAUGACAAGAGUGAUCUGAGGAAGAAGCUGAAGGAAACGGAGGAGAAACUCAAAGCAAUACAGGACAUGGACAGGAAUGUUAUGGCUAAGAGUAGCAAUCUGCAUACAGAUUUUGAUGAAGCAUGCAAGAAUCUUGAUAACCUCUCUAAUGGGAAGUCGCAUGAGGUGAAGGCAGAGUCUGAUAACUUGAUGGAACCCAAGAAAGAUCUGGAAAGUGAGAAGAUGAGUUUAGAUGCUUCUGAAGAAGCUGAAAAGAGUGGAAGCUCUGAACAAACUCACAAUGUGACAACAAUUUCAGAAGAUAUCAACACUCUAAGUAAAAGUCCAGACCAUGUUCAGGAAUCUACUGAAAAAGUUGAUUCAAAGAAGCAAUCUGAGAAGACAGAUUCUGUGCUUCUUGAUAAUGUUAUAGAGGAGUCUGCAUCUGCAAAGACAGAUUCUUCUGAGCAAGCUGCAUCCGACAAGACAGAAUCUUAUGUUUCAGAUCAUGUCUUAGAGAAGCAGAUGUCUUCUAAAGAAUCUAAAAUCACUUUCAAUAGCACACAGCAAUUGGAAAGUGAGCCAGACUGGAAAGAGAUGUACAUGAAGGGAAUGGAGAACAGAGAAAAGCAUCUGCUUACAGAGUACACAACCAUUCUCAGGAGCUACAAGGACAUGAAGAAAACAAUGGAUGAAACAGAAACAAAGCUGAAAACAGAGAACGCGACAAAAGAUGAUGAGAUCAAGCUACUAAGAGAGAAAAUGAGCCUCUUACAGAAGGGUCUUGAAGACUGUAAUGACUUGACUGUAGAAAACCACUUGACAAGCGAUGACUAUUCCAUCAUGGCUGUAGAAAGCGAGAACAUGUCUCUGGUCGAGGAACAGUUCAGGUUGAAUAUUGACGAGCUUCUAGAGGAGAAUUUGGAUUUCUGGUUAAGGUUCAGCACAGCGUUUGGACAGAUACAAAGCUACGACACAUCAAUAGAAGAUCUACAAGGCGAGAUAACAAAGCUAAAGCAAGAUGCAGUGAGAUCAGAUGCUAAACCACUUUAUCUACACUUGAGGGAGAUAAACACAGACCUUGGUCUCUGGCUCGAGAAAGGUGCAGCAUUGAAAGAGGAACUGAAAACAAGAUUCGAGUCUCUGUGUAACAUUCAGGAAGAGAUCACAAAGGCUCUGAAGUCAAGUGCUGAAGACGAUGACUUCAGAUUCACGAGCUACCAAGCUGCUAAGUUUCAAGGUGAGGUGUUGAACAUGAAGCAGGAGAACAACAAAGUUGCAGACGAGUUACAGGCGGGGUUGGAUCACAUUACCACGCUUCAGCUCGAGGUUGACAAGACUCUAGGGAAGCUAAACGAUGAGUUUUCUAUUUCGGGUUCGAAGAACAGAUCAGAUCCUGAUGAUCUACAGCAUUCGGAUAGUCGCUCAAGGGUGCCCUUGAGGUCAUUCAUCUUUGGCUCAAAACAGAAGAGAGCAAAGCCGUCGAUAUUCUCCUGCAUGCAUCCCUCACUAUAUAGAAAGAUGAAGGCUUCUACAUAG